AUGGCUACCAACGGUCGUCAGCAAAACUACGCGGCCCCCAACGCGGGCUAUAAGGGACAACACAUGCUCAACAACUACAACCAGCACGGCCAAGGUCAUGGGUCCGCCCAAUACCUCCCCCGAGGUCUGCCCAUGUCCCCCCACGGUGAUAAUGGUAUGCAAGGUCUGACGGGCAAUAUGGCAGCUCUCAAUAUGCACGCCUCGUAUGGUUCGUCCGCUACCUCCAAGUCUGCGAGCUCCGCUCUGUCAGGUGGCUCCUCCGACUACGGCAACAUCCCUCUCUCCAACGGUCAAGGACUUUGGGUUCCCAACCAGCAGGUCCUUGGAUCUAUGUACCAGAUGAUGCCUGGUGCCAAGCAACAGACUGCCAUGGCGGCUUCCCCUAACAUGUACAACCACACCGGUGCAUACGUCCAGCAGGCAGCUUACCAAUAUGGCCAAGCUGUCAUCGACAACAACACUAUGCCACCAGCAUGGGCUGCUCGCAUGUCCUCUUCCGAGAUGCCAUCUCUCAUGACGCCACGCCGGGACUCCAUCUCCUCCAACGAGAACGACAACCCAGGCACGCCUUACGGCAGUGGUGGUAUGUACCAUCGUUACGGCAACAAUACCGCCAUCAUGGACCGUUCGCCAAACGCCCUCUACUCCAGCAGUGCUACCCCUUCGCCUUCCCAGUUGGCCCAUCCCUACCAGGUCAUGGCGCCCAUCCCGAAGCAGCAGACCAUGCCCACGUUGCCUCCCAAUCUACUGGCGUUAGUGCACCAGGAGCCCCCCAUUCCCCGGGCUAUUCCCGCUCCUAGCUCCCCGCACAAGCCACUCGACCGUAGCCUGGAGAACAAGACUGGCGAGACCAACGUUUACAUUAGAGGUCUGCUUCCCGAGACCACAGAUGAGAUGCUUCACCUGUGGGGCAAGCGUUUUGGAGACAUCCAGAGCUCAAAGUCCAUCAUCGACUUGAAGACCAACCUGUGCAAGGGUUUCGGCUUCAUCAAGUACCACAACUUCGAAGACGCUGAAGACUGCAUCCGUGGCUUCCACUACCUCGGAUAUGAGGUCAGCUUUGCUCGGGAAUCCUUCUACUCAAAGCUCAAGAAGUUCGCCGACGAGUGCAACACCAAUCUUUACGUAUCCAACAUUCCAAAGAACAUGAACGAGCAUGAACUCGCCUCCAUCUUCGCCCCUCACAAGGUCUGCUCGAGCAGGAUCCUUCGUGACUCUUCUGGUACUGGUCGGGGUGUCGGCUUCGCUCGCUUCGAGUCCCGCGACAUCUGCGACGAGGUCAUCAAGGAGUUCAACAACACCCCUGUAUCCAAGCCCGGCGGCGAAGAGCAUCUCAUCCAGAUCCGCUUUUCCGAUACUCACGAGCAGAAGAUGCUCAAGCAGCAGACCGCAGCUGGCCGUGUCUUCCGUGCUGCGGAGUACGAGGUCGGUGUUGCUCAGGCUAGGGCGCUAGGCACGCCUGACCGAUACCUCUCCGUCUCCCCGAUACCUGCGGGCCACGCCAACGAGUUCGAGAUGUUCAUGCGCGGCCAGCGCCAGCCAUGGUCACCGCCAGUGCCAUCCACCCUCGGCCCUGCCCGCUCAUACUAUAUGCCGCAGGGUGGACCCAUCAAGAGCGAGGACGGCGUUUCUGAGAACGGCCUUGACGUCAAGACCAACCCCGCCACUCCCGUCAAAGCUGAUGACAAGUCUACUUCACCCAGCCGCAACGACUAA